UUACAAGAAAAGCAUCAAGUUUUUGCUUGCGAAGAUGGACAACGAAGCUGCGCAGGCAGAGAAGAUAACAGAGAACCAAACUCAUCUCGUCAGCACAUUCUGUGAAAUCACCUCUUCUUCCAAAGAAGAAGCUCUUUUCUUCUUGGAGAGCCACAACUACGACCUAGACCUCGCCGUCUCCACCUUUCUUGAAACCACCGCCGCCGCCGACGCCGACGCCAGCGAUCACAACCUCCCUCGGUCGCGCUCUCCCUCUCCGUCGCCGUCUCGCUCCCGAUCCCCGUCUCCGCGCCCGAACCCUUACGAUCUCCGAUCCAGGAAGCCCAUGGCCUCUUCAUCUUCCAACAGGAGGACCUCUGGAGGCCCCACUGGGCGCAUUCGCACGCUGUCCGAUCUGAAUCGUCAGGCUAAAGACGAUGCAUCUGAUAGUGACUCUGAUGAGCCGCAGGAGUACUACACUGGUGGCGAGAAGAGUGGAAUGCUUGUUCAAGAUCCAUCUAAAGCUAAUAAUGUGGAUGCGAUUUUCAAUCAAGCUAGACAAUUUGGAGCUGUGGAAAAACCUGCUGAUGAUCCUCAUCCGUCUUCAAACUCAAAAAGCUUUACUGGAACAGGAAGGCUGCUCUCCGGAGAGACGGUGUCACCUGCUGCUCAGGCUGCUCAGCAGCCUCAAGUUGUCACUCACAACAUCGUUUUUUGGAGUAAUGGGUUCGCAGUAGAUGAUGGUCCAUUGCGGAGGUUGGAUGAUCCUGAAAAUGCAUCCUUCUUGGAGAGCAUCAGGAAGUCCGAGUGUCCGAAAGAACUUGAGCCAGCAGAUAGGAGGAUUGCAGUGCAUGUUAAUCUCACGAGGAAGGAGCAAAAUUUCCCCGAACCUGAGAAACGCCAGAUUCCUUUUCAGGGUGCAGGAAGAACUUUAGGUAGUGCCAGCAGCACCACGCCGAUGGAGGCUGCUGCUGCUGCUUCCCUCAACACAGCUCCACCACCAUCCGUGGGUCUUGUUGUGGAUGACACGUCACCUUCUACAUCUAUUCAGCUCAGGUUGGCAGAUGGCACCCGCAUGGUUUCGCGCUUCAACUACCACCAUUCAAUCAGAGAUAUCCGUGCCUUCAUUGAUGCAUCGAGGCCUAGCGGGGCAAGGACUUAUCAACUGCAGACAGUGGGGUUCCCUCCCAAACAACUCACUGAUCUGGAACAGACAAUAGAGCAGGCGGGGCUGGCCAAUUCAGUUGUGAUCCAGAAACUCUAGCAAGUUGCACAAUGUGAUGUCAGUCUGAGUUUCAAUAUACUGGAUAGAUUUUGGAUACACAUUAUACAUUUGGUUAUUUGAUGGGUUUAAAAUUCAUUUUAUGGGAUUCAUAUAUUACAUGAAGAUUGUAUA